AUGACGGACGAAUUUAAGCCGUCCUCGCCUUAUCGGCGUCACCGGAACAAUGAUUUGGAGUCCGGCGCCGGACCUGGCUACAAUGACGACGACGACGAUGAAGCGUCUGGGCCUUUUGAUAUUGUUCGUACUAAAAGCGCGCCUGUCGAUCGGUUGAGGCGGUGGCGGCAAGCUGCUCUUGUGCUUAAUGCUUCACGACGGUUUCGCUAUACGUUGGACCUAAAGAAGGAAGAGGAGAGGAAGCAGCUGCUUGCAAAGAUUAGAACACAUGCACAAGUCAUCCGAGCUGCUGUUCUCUUUCAAGCUGCUGGGCAAGUUACAGAAGCGCCACAAACCCCGAAGCCGCACCCUCUGAGUUCAGCUUCUACUGGUGAUUUUGAUAUCAGCCUGGAAGAACUUUCUCAAAUGUCCAGAGAACAUCAGCUGUCUUCCCUGCAGCAACAUGGAGGGGUCGCGGGUCUUGCUCACAAGCUGAAGACAAAUCCUGAAAAGGGUAUUAUUGGGGAUGAGACAGAUUUGCUAAAGCGCAAGAAUUCUUUUGGGUCUAACACUUAUCCCCGUAAGAAGGGACGCAGCUUUUGGAGGUUUUUGUGGGAUGCUUGUCGGGAUACUACCCUAAUCAUUCUAAUGGUGGCGGCUGCGGCUUCGUUGGCUCUCGGCAUAAAAACAGAGGGUAUAAAAGAAGGAUGGUAUGAUGGUGGUAGCAUUGCAUUGGCAGUCUUUAUCGUCAUUGUUGUGACAGCCACCAGUGACUAUCGGCAAUCACUUCAGUUCCAGAGUUUAAAUGAGGAAAAGCAAAAUAUACACUUGGAGGUGGUUAGAGGUGGUAGAAGGAUGGAAGUGUCAAUAUUUGAUGUUGUUGUUGGCGACAUUGUGCCUCUCAAAAUCGGUGACCAGGUACCUGCUGAUGGAGUUUUAGUGUCUGGUCAUUCUCUGGCAAUUGAUGAAUCCAGCAUGACCGGAGAGAGCAAAAUUAUUCACAAGGAUUCCAAGGAUCCUUUUCUCAUGUCGGGGUGCAAGGUUGCUGACGGUUAUGGGACUAUGCUGGUGACCAGUGUUGGGAUAAAUACAGAAUGGGGCUUGUUGAUGGCAAGUAUUUCGGAGGAUAAUGGUGAAGAAACGCCAUUGCAGGUUCGAUUAAAUGGUGUGGCAACUUUUAUUGGGAUUGUUGGUCUAGCCGUCGCAUUACUAGUUCUCAUUGUUCUUGUUAUCAGAUACUUCACUGGCCAUACAUAUGACCCCAAUGGAACUGUCCAAUUUAAAGCUGGAAAGACUAAAGUGGGUAAAGCUAUAGAUGGAGCCAUUAAGAUUUUUACUGUCGCAGUGACCAUUGUGGUAGUCGCUGUGCCGGAAGGGCUUCCAUUAGCUGUUACUUUAACGCUUGCCUAUUCAAUGAGAAAAAUGAUGAGGGACAAAGCCUUGGUAAGGAGGCUCUCAGCUUGUGAGACAAUGGGCUCUGCCACUACAAUUUGCAGUGACAAAACAGGAACUUUGACAUUGAAUCAGAUGACUGUCGUGGAGGCUUAUAUUUGUGGCAAAAGAGUUGAUCGCCCUGACAACAAGUCGCUGUUGCCUCCUAAAGUUGGAUCUCUACUUAUGGAAGGCAUUGCACAGAAUUCUAUUGGCAGUGUAUUUAUUCCUGAGGGUGGUGGAGAAGUAGAGAUCACUGGAUCACCGACAGAAAAGGCAAUUCUUCAGUGGGGAGUUAAUCUCGGGAUGAAUUUUGACGAUGUCAGAUCAAAGUCAAUGAUAAUUCAUGCAUUUCCAUUUAACUCGGAGAAAAAGCGAGGUGGUGUCGCUGUGAAACUGCCUGAAUCUGAAGUUCAUAUACACUGGAAAGGUGCUGCUGAGAUUGUACUUUCUUCUUGCACAAGCUACAUGGAUGAAAAUGAUGCCGUGCAACCAAUUGAUGAAAAGAUGUCAGAUUUUAGGAAAGCUAUUGAGGAUAUGGCUGCAAGGAGCCUUCGUUGUGUUGCUAUUGCUUAUCGACCCCAUCAAGCUGAGGAUAUUCCUACCAAUGAGGAGGACCUCAAUCGUUGGCAGCUGCCUGAGGGAGAACUUAUUUUACUCGCUAUUGUGGGCAUCAAGGAUCCUUGCCGCCCAGGUGUUAGAGAGGCUGUCCAGCUUUGUAAAAAUGCUGUUGUUAAGGUACGCAUGGUGACGGGGGAUAACCUUAACACCGCACGCGCAAUUGCUUUGGAGUGUGGGAUCUUAGAAUCAGAUUCUGAUGCUACUGAACCAAAUUUGAUUGAAGGGAAGGCAUUCCGUGCCUUGUCUGAGAAAGAAAGACAAGAAGUAGCUGACAAGAUCUCUGUAAUGGGAAGGUCUUCCCCCAAUGACAAGCUUCUACUUGUCCAAGCACUGAGGAAGAAGGGGCAUGUGGUAGCGGUUACAGGAGAUGGGACCAAUGAUGCUCCUGCAUUGCAUGAGGCUGAUAUUGGGCUUGCCAUGGGCAUUGCAGGAACUGAAGUUGCUAAAGAAAGCUCGGAUAUCAUCAUUUUAGAUGAUAACUUUGCUUCUGUUGUAAAGGUGGUCAGAUGGGGUAGAUCUGUGUAUGCAAACAUCCAGAAAUUCAUUCAGUUUCAGCUGACAGUAAAUGUUGCGGCACUGGUGAUCAAUGUUGUGGCUGCUGUUUCAGCUGGUGAUGUCCCAUUAAAUGCUGUCCAGCUUCUUUGGGUUAAUCUUAUCAUGGACACUCUUGGCGCACUUGCACUGGCCACUGAACCACCGACGGAUCAUCUUAUGACUCGUCCUCCCGUUGGUCGAAGGGAGCCACUUAUUACGAAUAUCAUGUGGCGCAACUUGUUGAUUCAGGCUGUUUAUCAAGUUACUGUGCUCCUAGUAUUGAACUUUAGAGGCAUAAGUAUCCUUGAUUUGAAACAUGACAAUCCUGACCAUGCCAAUAAAGUGAAGAACACGCUGAUCUUCAAUGCUUUUGUGCUUUGUCAGUUGUUCAAUGAAUUCAAUGCUCGCAAGCCUGAUGAGAAAAAUGUUUUCAAAGGAGUAACCAAGAACCAUCUCUUCAUGGGCAUUGUUGCACUUACCUUAGUUCUUCAGGUUAUUAUCAUAUUCUUCCUGGGUAAGUUCACAUCAACAGUGAGACUCAGUUGGAAACUAUGGCUUGUGUCAAUCGCCAUUGGGGCCCUCAGUUGGCCGCUCGCAGCUAUUGGCAAGUUGAUACCUGUUCCAGAACAGGCCUUAGGGGAAAUUUUAGGUGAUAAAUUUCGCAGAAAGAGAAGACAAACGGUUAGUUAG